AUGUCUCGGGAGAGAGCCCAGACUAAGGGCUCCCAGUCUUCCAAUGAUGCUACUUCACAGUCUUAUCUGUCCCAGCCGGCUCAUAGCCUCUCCUUUGAUGCUGUUAUCCGUGAGCUAGGUACAAACUCAGACGAUGGCCUGCCCUCUGCAGAGGUCCAGCAGCGCCUUGAAAAAUAUGGACAAAACAUCCUGGAAGGAGACGAAGGCGUCUCAAUUGCCAAGAUUUUCAUUCGCCAAGUUGCGAAUGCAAUGAUGCUUGUGCUUAUUAUUGCCAUGGCAGUUAGCUUCGGCAUUCGCUCAUGGAUCGAGGGCGGCUUUAUUACAGCCGUCAUUUUGCUCAACAUAGUCGUGGGUGUCUACCAGGACUUUGCCGCCGAAAAGACCAUGGACUCUCUGCGAAACCUGAGCUCCCCCACUGGAGUUGUGACUCGCGACGGCAAAACCGCUACUAUCCCUGCCAACGAAAUUAUUCCCGGUGAUAUGGUCGAAUUGAAAGUUGGAGAUACUGUGCCCGCAGAUUUGAGAUUGACCGAGGCAUUCAACUUUGAAACCGACGAGGCUCUUUUGACCGGCGAAUCUCUCCCUGUUCAGAAAGAAGCAGACGCAGUCUUUGAAACGGAUACGGGUCCUGGAGACCGACUGAACAUCGCCUACAGCUCAUCUACCGUUACUCGCGGACGCGCUCGAGGUGUUGUGGUAGGAACCGGGAUGCGAACUGAGAUUGGAGCCAUCGCUGCUGCUCUCCGAGGAGGCGAUUCGAAGCGUCGCCCGGUCAAGCGUGGACCAGAGGGUGAAACCAAGAAGCGUUGGUACAUCCAGGCCUGGACUUUGACUACCACCGAUGCCAUUGGGAGAUUCUUGGGAAUCAACGUCGGGACUCCCCUGCAGCGCAAGUUGUCCAAGCUCGCACUGCUCCUGUUCGGCAUUGCCGUCAUCUUCGCAAUUGUCGUAGCAGGCUCCAAUAACUGGCGUGGAGAUAACGAGGUCAUAAUUUACGCCGUGGCCACGGGCCUUGCUAUGAUUCCAGCUUGUCUGGUCGUCGUUCUCACAAUCACGAUGGCUGUUGGUACAAAGCAAAUGGUGAAGAGGCACGUCAUUGUCCGCAAAUUGGACUCCCUGGAGGCCCUGGGCGCUGUGACCAAUAUCUGUUCGGACAAGACCGGCACUUUGACUCAGGGUCGAAUGGUUGCCAAGAGAGCUUGGAUUCCAUCUAUGGGAACCUACUCAGUUGGAUCAUCAAAUGAUCCUUUGAACCCACAUGAGGGUGAUUUGAGCCUUGUCCAAGAACCUCCACUCAAGCUGAACUCUGAGUCGGCCGGUGAAGCAACCGCACCUGAAGAGCUGUUGAAGGAUAACGAGCUUCUGGAAUCCUUCCUCAAUGUUGCUGCUAUGGCGAACCUAGCCCGUCUACACAAGGACACGAACAAUGAGUGGCAGGCUCGCGGUGAGCCUACCGAUAUCGCCAUCCAAGUCUUUGCUUCACGUUUCAACUGGGGUGCCGAUCGUUGGACUAAAGGUGAGAAGCCUAUAUGGAUCCAGAAGGCUGAGUAUCCUUUCGACUCGAGCGUGAAGAAGAUGUCUGUCGUCUUUGCGAAACGCAAUGAAGGCUCGGAAAAGCUCCCCCAAAUGGUCUUCACCAAGGGUGCUGUUGAGCGAGUCAUCGAUUCCUGCACGUCUAUCACCUGGAAAGAUGGUGCUUCAGUGCCUCUGGAUGAGGAUAUUCGCGACGAGAUUUUGCAGAACAUGGAGGCUCUCGCAAAGGAGGGCCUGCGAGUUCUUUGUCUGGCUGGAAGAGAACAUAUCCCUGGCAACGCUGGCAAUGAUGAGCCUCUUCCUCGUGAGGAAAUUGAGAAAGACCUGGUCUUUUACGGAUUGAUCGGUCUCUAUGAUCCUCCUCGACCCGAGACUGCUGGUGCAAUCAGCCAAUGUUACAAGGCCGGUAUCUCCGUUCACAUGGUUACUGGUGAUCAUCCUGGGACUGCUCGGGCAAUUGCUGCUCAGGUUGGUAUCAUUCCAUCAAACAUGGACAUGAUCGCAAAGGACGUUGCGGAUGCGAUGGUCAUGACGGCCGGAGAAUUCGACAAGUUGACCGAAGAUGAAAUCGACAAUCUCCCCACAUUGCCGCUCGUCAUCGCUCGAUGUGCACCGAAUACCAAAGUUCGCAUGAUCGAGGCAUUGCAUCGUCGCGGUCGCUACGUCGCCAUGACAGGUGACGGAGUCAACGACUCGCCAUCGCUCAAGAGAGCCGAUGUUGGUAUCGCAAUGGGUCAGAAUGGAUCUGACGUUGCCAAGGAUGCUUCGGAGCUUGUCUUGACUGAUGACAACUUUGCUUCCAUCAUUAAUGGAAUUGAAGAAGGACGCCGAAUCUUCGACAACAUUCAGAAAUUUGUGCUACACUUGCUGGCUGAAAAUGUCGCAUUAGCACUGACUCUGCUCAUCGGCCUUGCAUUCAAGGAUGACAGUAAUCAAUCUGUCUUCCCUAUCUCCCCUGUUGAAAUCAUCUGGAUCAUCAUGAUUACCUCCGGUCUGCCUGAUAUGGGUCUCGGAAUGGAGGCAGCGGCACCGGAGGUGAUGGAUCGACCACCCCAAAGCAAACAAGGUAUCUUCACCUGGGAAAUCAUCGUCGACACCCUUGUCUAUGGCGUUUGGAUGGCAGCCCUCUGUCUAUCAGCCUUCGCCCUCGUCAUGUUCCGCUGGGGCGAUGGUAACCUCGCAAUGGGUUGUAACACACAAUACAACGACCCAAACAAGCCCUACACCUGUGACACUGUCUUCCGCGCCCGUGCAACGACAUUCACCUGCAUGACCUGGUUCGCCCUCUUCCUCGCAUGGGAGAUGAUGAACCUGCGCCGCAGUUUCUUCCGGAUGAAGCCCGAUUCCAAGCGCUACUUUACCCAAUGGAUGCACGAUAUUUGGAACAACCAGUUCCUCUUCUGGGGAAUCAUGGCUGGCUUUGUACUUGCCUUCCCUAUCAUCUACAUCCCAGUCAUCAAUCACAGUGUUUUCAAGCACUCGGCCAUCUCGUGGGAAUGGGGUAUCGUGUUUGUUGAAACCGUGCUUUUCUUCGCUGGAAUUGAGUUCUGGAAGUGGUGCAAGCGUGCUUAUUUCCGCCGUCAGGAGUUCAUGCAAGAGAAGAAGGGUGAUGAUAUUCCGCAUGGGGACCGUCGUGGGCUGAGGGACUUCAGUCGGUAUACCACUAUGGACCGGUCUGAAACGCAGGCUACUGGAGAUGAGAAGGUUGAGAAGUCAAUGGUUUGA